AGCCCAAACACGGAAGUUGUCUGCCGGGAACAUUCGAAGCCGCUCAAACAUGGCUGAAAGUCGUUUGUCAAACUUUAGUAAACGAAAACACAUUUUUGUCCAAAAUGACGCAGAAAUAAUUCCCAGCGGCUUCUCGGAGACAAAAGAUGCGCCAAAGAAGACUAAAAUAUCCAGAUUGGCAGGUCGUGGAUCGGCAUGGUGGAACACGAAGGACCUUUCCGCUGCGGAGCGUCUGUGGGCUCUGACUCUGAGGUCUGCUAUCCCGUAUUUGGAUGACCAGCAUUGGGAACAAGUUCCUGAUCUUCCACCUCCAUCUGUAGCAGAAGCCUCAUUGCAACGUUUACAUGAACAUCGCUGGUGCAACCUCAGCGCUGAGUCGCUCCCCUUCCCUGAUCCACGUCCGCCUCAAAGUCCAGAUCACGUGUCUGCCCGACACAUCCAACCUGCAUGGGACACAGCUGACUCAUCACCUGGUCAGGAAGUGUGUGUGGACGCAAGCUCCGAUAAAGAUCAGUCAUCAAAGGAGAGGGAAGAAGAAGAGGGACUAAAAGGAGGCGGAGAGGAGAAAAUGGAGACUUCUGCCAAGGUCUCAGACCGUAACCCCGGGGAGAAGAAAGAAGGAGCCAGAGAGGAGCUGAAGGGGACUAAAGACGACGUAAAUGUGAAGUGCAGUGAGGUGCUGAGGAGCUGCCCUAUGUGUCUGCAGGUCUUCCCUGUCAGCUUCUCCCAGAUGGACUGUGAUGGCCACUUGGCUCAGUGUCUGUCAGACAUGAACGUGGACAUGGCCUGGUGACCUGGGGCAAGACCACGUGGCCACGUUUCAGGAUACCACGCCGCCUCAACAAGGCUUUUGGCGAACUUGGACAAACCGGAGGACGAGCCAAAGAAGGACUGGAGUUCUUCCUCAUACCGACUCUUCGGUGGACAGCAACAGAGGGUUGAUGUACUCGAAGCCCUCAAACUCCGACUGGUCUAUUCUCUUGAUGACGCUCCUGGAGGGCAGAAGAACAAGCAGCAACUCGUCAGACUCCAUCCAGGAACAACCACAAAGUACAACUUAGUGGUUGUUAACUUAGUUAAGUACAACCGGGACAACUCUUUCAAUACCCAUACAGGACCCAUGUUGGGCCCUCCUGUAGAAUCAAUUGUGUGCUUUUUGGAGGACAUCUAGAUAUCGAACACGCUGAAGGACAGCUUCCUUUGCGCAUGAUAUCAAAUACAAGUAAACACGCUGUAGGACUGCUUGGAUCGCACAUGAUAUCACAGACAAGUAAGCACACUGCAGGACUGCUUGUAUCGCACACGAUAUCACACACAAGUCAACAUGUUGCAGGACUCCUUGUAUCGCACAUUAUAUCACACACAGGUCAACACGCUGUGGGACUGCUUGUAUCGCACAUGAUAUCACACACAUGUUCGGUUGGUAGAGCGGCCAUGUCAGCAACUUGAGGGUUGCAGGUUCGAUUCCCGCUUCUGUCAUCCUAGUCACUGCCGUUGUGUCCUUGGGCAAGACACUUUACCCACCUGCUCCCAGUGCCACCCACAUUGGUUUAAAUGUAACUUAGAUAUUGGGUUUCAUUAUGUAAAGCGCUUUGAGUCACUAGAGAAAAGCGCUAUAUAAAUAUAAUUCACUUCACUUCACAUGUAAACAUACUGCAGGACUGCUUUUACCACACAUUAUAAUCACACACAAGCAAACACGCUGCAGGACUCCUUGUAUCACACAUUAUAUCACACACAAGUCAACACGCUGCAGGACUGCUUUUACCACACAUUAUGAUCACACACAAGCAAACAUGCUGCCGGACUCCUUGUAUCACACAAAUCACACACAAGUAAACACGCUGCAGGACUGUUUAUAUCGCACAUAUCACACACAAGUAAGCACGCUGCGGGACUCCUUGUAUCACACAUUAUAUCACACACAAGUCAACACGCUGCAGGACUGCUUGUAUCGCACAUAUCACACACAAGUCAACAAGCUGCAGGACUGCUUGUAUCGCACAUAUCACACACAAGUCAACACGCUGCGGGACUCCUUGUAUCGCACUUUAUAUCACACAAGUCAACAUGCUGCAGGACUGUUUAUAUCGCACAUAUCACACACAAGUAAGCAUGCUGCAGGACUCCUUGUAUCACACACAAGUCAACAGGCUGUGGGACUCCUUUUAUCGCGCUUUAUAUCACACACAAGUUAACAUGCUGCAGGACUGCUUGUAUCGCACAUUAUAUCACACAAAAGUUAACACGCUGCAGGACUGCUUGUAUCGCACAUUAUAUCACACACAAGUCAACACGCUGCGGGACUCCUUGUAUCGCACUUUAUAUCACACAAGUUAACAUGCUGCAGGACUGUUUAUAUCGCACAUAUCACACACAAGUCAACAUGCUGCAGGACUCCUUGUAUCACACAUUAUAUCACACACAAGUCAACACGCUGCGGGACUCCUUGUAUCGCACUUUAUAUCACACAAGUUAACAUGCUGCAGGACUGUUUAUAUCGCACAUAUCACACACAAGUCAACAUGCUGCAGGACUCCUUGUAUCACACAUUAUAUCACACACAAGUCAACAGGCUGCGAGACUCCUUGUAUCGCACAUUAUAUCACACACAAGUCAACAGGCUGCAAGACUCCUUGUAUCGCACAUUAUAUCACACACAAGUCAACACGCUGCAGGACUGCUUUUACCACACAUUAUAUCACACACAAGCAAACAUGCUGCGUGACUCCUUGUAUCGCACAUGAUAUCACACACAAGUCAACACGCUGCGAGACUCCUUGUAUCACACUUUAUAUCACACACAACUCAACACGCUGCAGGACUGCUUGUAUCGCACAUAUCACACAAAAGUCAACACGCUGCAUGACUGCUUGUAUCGCACAUAUACACAAGUCAACACUGCAGGACCCCCUGUAUAUUGCACAUGAUAUCACACACAAGUCAAACCGCUGCAGGACUCCUUGUAUCGCACAUUAUAUCUCACACACGUCAACACGCUGCGGGACUACUUGUAUCGCACAUGAUAUCACAAGUCGACAUGCUUGUAUUGCACAUUUUACAUGCAAGCCGAUAGCAAUCAACACUUUACAUUGACUUUUUACUGAUAUCAGACUGACUGGCUAUAUUUGUAUGGAUCGAAAUGACUGUCGCCAUGGAGGCAGGGAUUAACGACUUAGAGGCGGCCUGGCACUGUGGAGAGGCGUUAGCCGCUAGCGAGGACGCUGCAUUGCCUUGAGAAUGCGGUCAGAUUUCUCGAGCGUGUCAUCAACAUCUUGCUAGUAUUAAAAUGUCUGUCCUUGGCGUAUGAAGCUGCGAGUCACAUGACAGACCAUGUGACCUCCACUACAUUUCAGCUAUCUGGCGGUAAAAGCAGUAGAAUUUAGCCAACAAAAAGAGAAAGAAUGUGGUCUGACAGAAUAAUCCGUUUUUUUUUCCUUUCCUGGGUCUGCUGCAUCCAUUAGCAGAAGCAUAAUCACAGGUUAAUGAAGUGGAACCAUAACGAGCAGGCUGACAGUCCAUGAGUAAAUAGAAAUGUAUCCUAGCAACAGUCCCACCGUGUGCGUGGGUGUGUGUGUGCGUGCGUGUGUGUGUGUGUGUGUGUGUGUUGGGCCUCUCACUAGUGGAGGACAACACCUACUUUGAAGUCGAACACAAACGUGCUGCCAUUGAAAGAGUGUUGCUGUCAAACAUCAACAUGUUGACCAACACAACACUUUUCUUCUGCUUUCCUGCUGCAGAUACCUGAAAUAACAUCUUCACUCUGCAAAUGUAGUUGUUUUUUUUUACACAAGUUCCUCUUAUUGGUGUUUUCCAGCCUGCAGACACGCCCACCCUGCCUAAAGGGUUCAAAGAAGGUGGGCCAAUGACCAAUUAAAUGUCAAUAUGCGAUAUUAUCACGGUAUUAAAUGUCUAUGUGCAAUAUAAUGGUAUUAAAUCUCAAUGUGCGAUAUCACGGUAUUGAUUUGCAAAUUGCGAUAUCACAAUAUCAAAUUGCAAGGUGCGAUAUUAUCACAUACCGUAUUUCCUUGAAUUGCCGCAGGGCAUAUAGUAUGCGCCGGCCUUGAAUUACUGUCGGAUCAAAUUCGCUUCGCACAAUAAUUAGCACCUGCUUAAUAUUACCGCCUGGUCAAACUCGUGACGUCACGAGAGACACUUCCCCUGUCAUCAUUUUCAAAAUGGAGGAGGCUGAUUUCAAUACCGGUAAUUUGAAAUCACAUAAAGGGAAGAAGAUUAAGAGCUAUUCAGUAGGAUUUAAGGUCCAAGCUUACAUCACACUCAAAUUUUUACUGCAUGCCUUUGGUAAGUGCUGGAGUGAGAAGAGGUUUUAAAAUAAUUAGCGCAUGCUUACUUUUACCGCAUGGCUUUAGUAAGCGCAGGAGUGAGAAUCCGUGAGAGGUUUUAAAUUAAUUAGCGGCUCGGCAGCAAUUCAAGGAAAUACGGUAUAUCAAAUCUCAAUGUGAGAUAUCACAGUAUGACUCUCAAUGUAUUAAAUGCAGAUCUGCGAUAUCACAGUAUGAAAUUGCAAUUUGCUAUAUUAUCACAGUAUUAAAUGCCAAUGUGCGAUAUUAUCACAUAUUAAAUGUCAACAUGCUAUAUUAUUUCGGUAUUAAAUGUAGACUUGCGAUAUUAUCACUGUAUCAAGUGUCAUCGUGCGAUAUUAUCACGGUAUUAAAUGUCCACGUGCGAUACUAUCUCUGUUUUAAAUGAUAACGUGUGAUAUUAUCACGGUAUUAAAUGUCAACAUGCGAUAUCACAAUAUUAAAUAUCAACGUGCGAUAUUAUCACAAUAUUAAAUGUCAACGUUAAGAUAAUCGUUGACUGAUCGACUAUCAAAAUAAUCGUUAGUUGCAGCCUCAGUCCAUAUAUUUUAUUUUUUCGUUUUUACAAUUGUUUUAAUUUAGACAGGUAUAUUGAUGUUUAAAUGUUGCAGAAACUAUCUUGUAUUAUCCACUACUGAGGUGACUCAAUGGCCACUAGUGUGUUUCUGUGGGGUAUUAAUUUAAGUGUACUAUGUAGUGUGUUUCUCCAGCCCUGGUCAUGUGGGGACAUGAAGUAUGCCAAUUUAAAGUCGGACAUGGCAGAAGGCCACCACUGAUUUAUAUCGUGAUAGACACUAAGUGGCUGGGGAGAGGGAAGUUUAGGCUUCCCUGCUUAGGCUGCU